UCACUCAAAUAGAUUCCUCAAUCCUUGCCCUUUAAGAUCUCACAAAAUACACCACAUUUAACUAUUUGAGAAAAACUCUCCAUAUCAGAUUUCAGAAUUAAUUCUUCUUUCUUUCUUCACCUUUGUUUAAUCAAACAAUCUUUUCUGGAAGUUCAAAUUCAUUCUGGAAUUAAGAGAUAAUCAGCUUUUGGAGGAAAGCUCAAGAAGAGGUUGUUGAAGAAAAGUUAAAGAGACCUCUUUGUGCUAAACAACCAAUUCGAUUCUCAAAACAAACAAAACCAAUGGAGUACGAAAUUUUAGGGUUGGUCCUACUUUUACUUCUAUGGGUUGCAUGGGCAAUGGUAACUGAGCGAAGACAACGGCGGUUGGAAGAAUUAGGGCAGUUGCCACCAGGACCAAGGUGGUGGCAGCUAGUUACAAAUAUAUUUCAAUCAGGUUUUGCACCUCAUGUCUCAUUUGCAAAAUUAGCCACCAAAUAUGGUCCUAUAAUGACACUUUGGUUGGGUUCAAUGAGCACAGUGGUAAUUUCUUCCAAUGAUGUUGCACGUGAAAUGUUCAAGAAUCAUGACAUGGUGCUUGCAGGUAGGAAAAUAUAUGAAGCCAUGAAAGGAGAUUUUGGCAAUGAGGGUUCACUCAUCACUAACCAAUACGGUCCACAUUGGCGAAUGUUAAGAAGAUUAAGCACGAAAGAGUUCUUCGUCACGAGUCGUCUCGACGCCAUGAGAGGUACACGUACAAAAUGCAUUGAUCAAAUGGUGAAAUUCAUAGGAGAUGCAGGCAACUUUGGUACUACUUCCAUUGAUGUGGGGAGGUUUUUCUUCUUAAUGGCAUUUAACCUAAUUGGAAACCUCAUGUUUUCAAAGGAUUUAUUGGAUCCAAAAUCAAAUAGAGGUGCAAAAUUCUUUUACCAUGCAGGGAAAGUUAUGGAAUUUGCAGGAAAACCUAAUAUGGCUGACUUUUUCCCUAUUUUGAGAUGCAUUGAUCCACAAGGUAUUAGGAGAAAGACACAAUUUCAUGUGAAAAUGGCAUUUGAUAUAGCUGGUGGAUUUCUUAGAGAAAGAAUGGAAGAUAUGAAAAAUGAUGAAGAAAUGAAUAAGGAUUAUUUAGAUGUUCUUCUUCAAUAUCGUGGUGAUGGUGUUGAGGGUCCUUCUAAGUUUUCUUCUCGAACAAUCAAUGUCAUUCUUUUCGAGAUGCUCACAGCAGGGACAGAUACAACAACAAGCACGUUAGAAUGGGCGAUGGCGGAGCUUCUCCACAACCCUACCACUCUCCAAAAAAUCCAAGUUGAGCUAAGAAAAAUCAUCAAUCCCACAAAGAAGCUAGAAGAAAAAGACUUGGACAAACUUCCAUACUUAAAUGCAGUGAUCAAAGAAACCCUAAGGUUACAUCCUCCACUUCCAUUCUUGGUUCCACACAUGGCAAUGGAUUCUUGCACCAUGUUAGGGUAUUACAUACCAAAAGAAACUCAAAUUCUUGUUAAUGUUUGGGCAAUUGGUAGGGAUCCAAAGACUUGGAAAGACCCUUUAAAAUUCAAGCCAGAGAGAUUCUUGGAACCUAAUAUGGUUGACUAUAAGGGUCAGCAUUUUGAGUUUAUUCCGUUUGGUUCCGGUCGAAGGAUGUGCCCUGCAAUUCCACUCGUUUCUCGUGUUUUGCCAUUGGCGUUAGGGUCAGUUUUGCAAAAAUUUGAUUGGGUUUUAGCUGAUGGGAUGAAGCCUGAAGAUUUGGACAUGAAUGAAAGAAUGGGAAUUACUUUAAAGAAAGCUAUUCCAUUGAAGGCUAUACCUAUUGCGUACAAAGGGUAACAAGGAAUAAUCACUUGAAUUAAAGAAAACACUUCAAUGUGUAGAUAAGGAUAAUGCUAAGAUACUAUAUUGUGAUGAGAAAAAAUCCAGUGUAAAAAGACCCCCCACCCCCACCCCCCAAGAGAAUAAAGAGAAGUUGCAGUAUAA